AUGCACUCAAGUACUGAUCACUUAUCUCAAAUUCCAGCUAGAACCUUGUCAAAUGCCAAGAGAGUUUCUUAUAGGAGACCACUUCCUGAUGUCCCAUCUGACUUUGAACCAACUCCCACACUAAGCAAUGACUGGGAAAUGAAAGCUCUUCCGUCAACAGAGAGUGACUGGGAAAUGAAAGCAUUGCCAUCAACAGAUUCGCUGUCGACCCUUCUUAGGCAAGACUCAAGUGCAGACCUUCUGCAAGAAACGAAAGACCUUGAAAGCACUGACGAAGUCGUCGAUAUACCGAGACGACGAUCUAAUGCUCCUCCAACUCCGCAAACAAGAUUCGAAAAGUUUUGUCAGUUUCUCCUUGAUAUGGAAGAGAAACGCUACAUAAAACAUAAACCACUAGUUCCAAACAAGGCACGCGCCAGGAUCAUGUCGCACAUCCUUUUAUUCAUACAUGUAGUCCUGCUCAUAGCCAUGCUUGGUUACAACCACGGCUUCGCUUCUCUCAGUGUAAAUCCAAUGAUGGGUCCUGAUGUCACUACGUUGACAGUGUUUGGUGGUAAUACGCAGUCGGCAUUCAGGCACCAACCUGCUCAAGUAGUCUCGGCCAACCUCUGGAGGUUCUUCGUCGCCAUGUUUCUACAUUCGGGGCUCAUUCAUUUAACGGUUAAUGUCGCCUGCGAAAUCAGUGUAGGACGUAACGUAGUGCUGUGGCUAGGAUACCGUCCGGUACUCGCUAUAUGGUUGAUAUCUGGUAUCGGUGGUAAUGCUGUCGCUGCUGUAUUAAGAACGCAAAUGGCUGUAUCGGUCGGAUCGUCAGGCCCAAUAAUGGGAUUGUUUGGAGCAAAUGUAGCUGAUAUAGUUAUGAACUGGAAGGAUAUGGACCAACCAAAAUGGCGUCUUGUCUAUUGGAUUAUAAACUCCAUCCUAAUAUUCGCCUCCUCUCUAAUGCCCUUCGUGGAUAAUCUUGUACACGUAGCUGGAUUCGUGACAGGAUUCGGAGCAGGUCUUCUAUUGUUGACAUAUCUCGGCCACGACCAAAGGAAAUACUAUAUAUUCAAGGGAGUCGGCUUUAUACUCUCGAUCGGAAUAACAUACAUGAGUGUCGCGUUCUUGUUAGCGGGAGUCCAGGUUGCCGAUAACGCUCCGUGGUUGUGCCACAUUUUGCUAUCCAUAAAGUGCUAG